GGUGGGUUAGUUCGUACAUUUGCCAAAGUUCUUCGGUUUCGUGCAGCUGAAAAUGGAAAAAUCCGGCGAUUCAAGUCUCAAAAUAAGCUCAAGGAUGAUGAGAUUUAUAUCAAUGGGCAUCAACAUCAGGGUAAGGUCGAUUCUAUUGCCGUUAAUGGAGACCUGUCCAAGUCCUUUGCUGAGGAAGAUGAAAAGCUCCGGAACAGGGCAGCCCUGGAAGCUUUUUUAGCGAAGCUUUUUGCGAGCAUUUCGUCUGUGAAAGCUGAUUAUGCUCAACUUCAGAUGGCUCAGUCCCCUUACGACCCAGAUGGCAUUCAAGCUGCCGAUGAGUUGGUGGUUUCAGAGCUGAAGCGGCUUUCGGAGUUGAAACAGUGUUAUUUGAAACAGCAGAUGGAUCCUUCUCCUCAGGUUACACAGUUGUUGGCGGAAAUCCAAGAACAACAGAGCCUCUUGAAGACUUAUGGAAUCAUGGGAAAGAAGUUCGAGUCCCAGUUGAAGGUUAAGGAGUCGGAGAUUACCUUCCUCAGAGAGAAACUCAAGGAAUCCCAGGCGCAGAGCAGAAUACUAGAGAAAAAACUUAGCCCCAGUGGUGUCAGUGGGCCUCUCUCUGUUCUCCUCGAUGAUCUCCACUUAUCCGGUUUAAACCCCAAUCACUUCAUAACGGUUCUCCGAUUCGCCGGAAAAUCCAUUCGUAGCUUCGUAAAGGUGAUGAUUGAACAGAUGAAAUCAGCAGGAUGGGAUAUCGAGGCAGCGGCCGAUUCAAUCGAACCAAAUGUUGUCUACGCGAAACCGAACGACGAGUGCUUCGCAUUCGAGUGUUUCCUAUGCAGAGAGAUGUUCGAUGGCUUCCACAUCUCCAACUUCUCUCUCCCGAACGUGUACGAGCCUGAGAGGGAUCAGCGUCAGAGCUACUUUUUCGCUAGAUUCACAGAGCUGAAAUCCGCAAAACCAAUGGAGUUCCUAACACAGAAGCCUCGUUCUCCGUUCGGGAAGUUCUGCCGAGCCAAGUACCUGAAGCUAGUUCACCCAAAGAUGGAAUCGUCUUUCUUCGGAGAUCUGAACCAGAGGAACUUGGUGAAUGCAGGGGGGUACCCAGAGACUGCGUUCUUCGCAACGUUCGCAGAGAUGGCGAAGAGGGUAUGGCUUCUACAUUGCUUGGCCUUCUCGUUCGAACCGGAAGCUUCAAUAUUCCAGGUGAGGAGAGGAUGUAGAUUCUCAGAGGUGUACAUGGAGAGCGUGUCGGAACACGCGCUCAUGUUGCCCGUGGAAAUGGCAGGGGUUGGAUUCACGGUGGUGCCGGGUUUCAGAAUAAGGAAGACAGUGAUACAGUGUCAGGUGUAUCUAUCACCGGCGUGAACACGGGCGUGUGGGGACGGUUGAUUUCGUCGGGUAUGGGUGUGAUACGAAUCUUUUUUUUUUUUUUUUUUUUUUUUUUUGCUCUUUCGGCGGAACACAUCCCUAUCUUCUGAUGUAUCGUAACCUGAUGAAAUGAAGGGUGAUGUGAUGAUGCGGCGCAUCAGUAAAAAAGUAUUGGGAUUGGGGCCUACACGUGACUUGGAUGCAGAGCGGAUAUGAC